CCCUGCCACCCCCAGCACCACCAGCUCCCAUCACCGGAGAAAAAUAUGACAACAUUUUAAAUAAUGCCAUAAUGAUGGCAUAUUCAAUGAAAAUGUUAGCAUAUUGAAGAGUAAUUAUGCCAUCUUUUUGUCAUUUUCAGAAAAAUAUGGCAUUUUUUACCAAAAGUGGAAGAAAUUUCACCAAUCGGAGGUGGUGGUGCUGGGAGGCGGCGGGAGGCGGUGGGAAAGGUAUCCAUUUUUUUUCAUUUUUAUGGGUUUUUUACUAUUUUUAAUUAUUUUAAAAAAAAAAUUAAAAAAAUAAAAAAUUAAAUUUUUUAUUUUAUAAAUGUUUUAUAAAUUUUUUAUAUUUUUUUUACGUUUUUAAAAUAUUUUUUUAAGUUUUUUAUGGUUUUAUUAUGAAUUAAAGAAUUUCAUUAUGAAUUAAUACUCUUAGGGGUAUUUAGGGUAGAAAAUCAAUGUUUAGUCCUAUUUAGAAAAUUUUAAAAGUAGUAGUCCUAUUUGUGCUUUUUAGGAAUUCAUUAGUCCUAUUUAGGACAAUUUCCGUUGAUUUUUUGAUCUUUCAAUUACAAAUUUAAAUUUACAAUUUUUUGUCUUUAAUUUAUUUUAUUUAAUUUAUUUAAUGUCAAUAGAGAUGAAUUUGCUUAAUUAUACUUGUACGUAGUAAUAAGUUUUAUCUCUACUUCCAAAUAUACGAUUAACACCUUUCCCCUUUGAAAAUGAGAGAAUUCCCUAAAUAGGAGUAAAAACGUUUUGAAAUUCCAAAAUAGGAGCAUCAUGUUUUGUAUUCCUUGAAUAGGAGUAAUCUGCUAAGUUUGGAAGAAAAUGUCAUGUUUAAAGGCCUUGUAAUGCCAAACUUGGCAGAAAUUUACCUCUAUUCAGGGAAUACUGAUCAAGAUCUGGGCAUGCUAAAAACAGUAAAGAUGGAAUCCUUCCUUGCAUCAAGACAGGAAGUACUUUUUGUCAAAGCAAUCCUUUCAAACUCUCCCGUGCUUGAGAAACUUGUUAUCAUGGAAUCGGCUUUUAUAGAUGCCAAAAUCGAAAGGCAGGUGCUAUGCUUCCCUCGAGCUUCUCCAAAAGCACAGGUCGUCUACUUGAAGAACAAGCAUCCCUUUCUAAAUUGUAAUUGUAAACCAAAUUAACUGUGUCUUGGGGAUCUGUAACUCUUAAAUAAUCUACUCCUAUUUAGUAUUUACAAAUCCUUGGAGAUUUCAUUGUCAUUUUCUCAUAUUUUUGGCAAAGUUUCCAGUUAAGAUUUUUAUUUAUGUACUUCCUAAAUGCGAAGAGGAGAUAAUCUAAAGCUUUGUUUGGAUGGGUUGUGUAGAAGUGUUAGUUACGUAGUACUAAAUAGUAAUGGCAAUAUUGUAAAUUG